AUGUGGAUUAAGGAGCCUGAUAGUACGGCGUUUUUCGGGAACCGAGUAAUUCCUUCAGUCUCGAACCGCUAUUUCUUUUAUUAUAAGAGACGAGCGUUUCCUGGUUAUCAAUCGCAUCUCCCUCCACCAUGAUCAAGCCGCAUUCACUCUUCCCAAGCACGGUCUGAUCAGAUCCAAAUAAGGAGACUUUAAAUCGCCCAAAAUUUUACCAUGUCGUACUCACUGUCAGACGAGAAAACGGCACCUUUCUCGGAGGAACAAGCGGGCCUUGGCCAGCAAACCUUGCCCUUGUCCAAGGACGAACUAGAGCCCGCGCCUGAUGGUGGUCUCAGAGCAUGGCUCGUCGCUCUUGGAGCUGCUUCCAUCUUUUUCUGCUGUAUGGGCUUCUCCAAUUCUUUCGGCACAUUUACGCAGUACUACCUGACUCACCAACUGAGUGAUCGAUCUCCCGAUGAUGUGGCCUGGAUUGGUUCCCUAUCUGCAUUUCUGCAAUUCUUUGUAGGAAUGAUUGGAGGUCCCAUGUUUGAUCGCUAUGGUUCAAAGGUUAUCCACCCGGCAGCUGUCAUUUAUAUCUUCGCCGUCAUGAUGUUGAGUCUAUGUAAGACGUACUGGCAGAUUAUGCUCGUGCAAGGCGUCCUCAUGGGCGUCACUAUGGGAUUCCUGCAGUUUCCAGCCAUGGGCAGCUUGUCGCAGUAUUUCGAUAAGAAGAGAGCUGCUGCUUUCGGUGUGGCGAUAUCUGGCUCCUCUGUCGGCGGCAUCAUUAUGCCUAUUGCCGUGUCCAAGAUGCUCAACAGCUCCUCCCUGGGCUUUGGAUGGACAGUGAGGAUUAUAGGAUUCCUCAUGAUACCAUUCAUUGCAUUUUCUAUUGCAGUCAUCAGAGCUCGUCUGCCACCAAGCGCUGCAUCGUUCCUAAUCCCUUCAGCGUUCCUCGAAGCAAGGUACAAUUUCAUCGUCAUCUCCACCUUUUUCGUGUUCAUCGGCAUGUUUAUGCCUAUCAUCUUCCUUCCAACAUAUGCCGUGUCACGAGGCAUGGGCGCAACACUUGCUGGUUACUUGCCCGCCAUCCUCAACGCCGCAUCCACGUUUGGCCGUAUUAUCCCGGGAGUGCUGGCGGAUAAAUAUGGGAGGCUGAACGUGUAUGCCUUUGGGUCAUUCAUCACCAGCAUCGUCAUUUUCUGUAUGACAGCAACAAAGAACAAUGCGGGAAUCAUUGCAUAUGCUGCCGUUUUUGGCUUUACUUCUGGGACAAUCAUAUCCGGAGCAACGGUGUCCAUCACAGGAUGUGCCAAGGACCCACGCAAUAUCGGCACUUAUACCGGCAUGGGGUUGGCAUUGGGCGCCAUUGGUGCAUUGAUCGGGCCUCCAAUCGAUGGUGCCUUUGUGAAACACUAUGUUGGAUUCUUUGAAGCAGCCAUGUUUAGCGGCGCCAUGUGCCUCUUUGGUGGUAUUGUCGUUCUUAUGGCUAAACUUGUGUCCCAUGAAGGGGUUUUCAGCAGAUCGUGAGCCGGUUGUAUAGCAUUUGCUAAGCCUUUGAGGUUUUAGAAAGGAAAUCGGGAUGAGAGUAAGAUUGGAGGGUAUAUCUCAGCUCACUGGUAUUUGGGAAAUAGGAAUUAUAAUAGAGGCUCGGCGUUUAUUUAGGAAGACAGAUAUCAUAGCUGCUUUGACUUUCCCUUUUUCAGUAAAUAUACACAAAUUCGUCA